AUGGCUUCCGACACCCGCCCAAACAUUCUCUUCAUCAUGGCCGAUGACCAUGCCUCAAAAUCAAUUUCUUGCUAUGGCGCAGGGAUAAAUCACACGCCUAAUCUUGAUCGCCUAGCUACAGAAGGAAUGAAGUUUAAUCACUGCUAUGUGACAAACAGUAUCUGCACUCCCUCGCGAGCCGCAAUCUUGACGGGAACUCAUAACCAUGUCAACGGGGUCAUGACGCUCGAUUCUAAGAUCAACAAGCAUAUUCCCAAUGUUGCAAAGCACCUCAGAGUCGGCGGAUAUCAAACUGCGAUGGUUGGCAAGUGGCAUCUAGGUGAAGGGAAAGACCACGAGCCCACGGGCUUCGACUACUGGGAAAUUGUACCCGGCCAAGGCGAAUAUCAUGAUCCGCAAUUCAUCGGCCCCGACGGCAUCCAUCGUGAACGAGGAUACGCCACCGAUAUUAUCACAGACAAGAGUUUAGAUUGGAUCAAAGCUCGGGAUCCGAAGAAGCCCUUCUUCAUGAUGUGUCACCACAAGGCACCGCAUCGUAGCUGGGAGUGCGAUCCGAAGCACAAGCAUCUAUUCAAAGACCCCGUCCGCCUGCCAGAUACAUUCACAGACGACUACAAGAAUCGCGCAAGGGCUGCAGCAGUUGCCAAGAUGCGCGUGGCCGAGGAUCUCACCUAUAUGGACCUCGGAUUGGCGCAGCCAGAUGGUGGCAGCGACACAGUUGGCACCAAGAUGAUGGAUAUAUGGUGGUCGCACGACCGCAAGAUCCCGGAUCCAGACGACGUAACCCAGCUCAAACUAAUUGACAAAGACGACGGGACUGUUUUCACCUUCACUACUCGCAAGGAACUAGCCGAGUUCAAGUUCCAGCGCUACAUGCAACGGUACCUCCGCACGAUCCAAAGCAUCGACGAUAACGUGGGCCGGAUGCUGGACUUCCUCGAGGUCGAAGGCCUCGCAGAGAACACGGUCGUCAUCUACACGUCCGACCAGGGCUUCUUCCUCGGCGAGCACGGCUGGUUUGACAAGCGGCUCGUGUACGAGAAUAGUUUCAACAUGCCGUUUCUCAUUCGCUACCCGCGCGAGAUCGCGCUGGGCAGCGUAUGCAACGAUAUCAUCUGCAACGUGGACUUCGCGGCGACAUGGCUAGACUUCGCGACCCUCAGAAAACCAACCUACAUGCAGGGGGUCAGUUUCCGGGCCUUGCUGCAACAGCAGGCACCCACGGACUGGCAGCAGGUUGCGUAUCACCGGUACUGGAUGCACCGGGACGUGAUUCAUGAGGCGUAUGCGCAUUAUGCGGUGCGGGACCAGCGGUAUAAGCUUAUUUACUGGUAUAAUGAGGAUUUCGGGAUCGAGGGGACGAGGCCUGGUGGGGAGGAGAAGGAGUGGGAGCUUUUUGAUUUGGUGGAGGAUCCGUUGGAACUCUUUAAUUGUUAUCCUGAGAAGAAGUAUAAGGAUGUUGUAGGGUAUAUGACGAAGUUGUUGGAGGAUAAGAUGGAGGAGAUCGGGGAUGAGCCGGUACAUCCGCGGUAG